GGGCCAGGAACCCCGCCCCCACCUAGUUCCUCAUAUCUACGGGAAGUGUCCCUGAGGCCUCUCAUUUGUGCUGUCAGAGUCCUGAGAACCCCCUGGAGAGUGGCAAGUCUGCCAAUAGAGCUGAGCUGUGUGCAGACAUGGGAGCCAAGGAUACAAUCCAGGAAGGCUUCCUGGUGAGGAGGCUCCAGAGCUGAGUGUGGAGGAAUUAGGACCUUUCGGGCUGCCCUGGCCCAGGGCUGACUCCCUCAUGCAAAUCAGCAUGCAAAGGAGCUCAUGGCCCUGGAGCUAUCCCACUCCUCCAGGAAAGGGCCACACCCACACAGGUCAGCAGGCCCUGUGGGUGACCAGGGUGAGUCACCAAACCUCUCUGUGUGUCACUACUAUCCCUUCACAUCCUCCAUUCCUCCCCUACUGAAAUCUCCCCCGUCUUUGAAUUCGCCAAGUCCUUUCCUAUCCCCGGGCCUUAUACACACUCCAUUCCCUUUGCCUGGGAGGGCUUUGUUCCUCUUCCACCCGGCAGCCUCCUACUCAUCCUUCAAGGUCCAGCUCAAGAGCCUCUCUGACCCCACCAGACAGAGGCAGCCACAUCCUCCACAGGCCCCAUUGGCUCCAGCAAGUGACCUGGCUUCUGCCUCAGGCCACCAUGGGGCGCUGUUCCGAGUAGCUGCUGCCUCUGGGAGGACCUCCUUGCAGCCCAGCCGGUCUGGACAGAGCCCUGCCGGCUGGGCCUCUGCUGGCAGGAACCAUGGCAGAGGCUGGGGAUGGUGGACUAUCAGUGGCUGAGUGGCUGCGGGCGCUGCACCUAGAGCAGUACAGUGGGCUGUUCGAACAGCAUGGACUGGUGUGGGCUGCUGAUUGCCAUGGCCUCAGCGAUGCCCGCCUGCUGGACAUGGGCAUGCAGCUCCCCGGCCAUCGCCGCCGCAUCCUGGCUGGCCUGCUCCGCGCUCACACACCCCCAGUCCCUGCGCCUCGCCCCACCCCACGGCCUGUGCCCAUGAAACGCCACAUCUUCCGUCCACCACCUGAGGCCACCGUUCCACCUGAACCAUUGCCCUCUGCUGGAGAGGACGAGGGGCUGGCCGCCGCACCCCCUAUCCCGCCCCGGAGGAGCUGCCUUCCACCUGCCUGCUUCUCCACACCACCCACAGCUGCCCCAGACCCUGUUCUGCCCCCACUGCCCACCAAGCGGCAUUUGGCAGAGCCGAGCGUGCCGCCUGUGCCUCCUCGCACGGGGCCCCCCCGCCUGCUGACGAGCCUUCCUUCCAAGGAGGAAGAGUUACUGCCGCCAUCACUGUCAUCUCCUCCCCAGCCAGAGCCUGAGGAGCCUCCGUCCACUCUCCCCCGGGGGCCUCCCCAGCCCCCGUCUCCACCGCCCAGUCCUCCUGAGAUCCCCCCAAAGCCUCCACGACUGCCCCCAGAGUUUGAUGACUCUGACUACGAUGAGGUCCCAGAGCAGGGGCCAGGGGCCCCAGCCAGCGUGAUGACCAAGAAGGAGGAGCCCCCACUGAGCCAAGUCCCGCGGGCCGUGCGUGUGGCCAGUCUGCUGAGCGAGGGAGAGGAACUGUCGGGGGACGACCAAGGGGAUGAGGAUGAGGAUGACCACGCCUACGAGGGUGUCCCCAACAGUGGAUGGCACACUAAGAGCCUGAGCUUGCCCUUGGCCAGUGGCCCCCUGAUCCCUGAGCUCCCACCACACCCCAUGGACGGGCUACCUGGGGGUCCCGCCCCUGUCACACCGGUCAUCAAGGCCGGCUGGCUGGACAAGAACCCACCACAGGGAUCUUAUAUCUAUCAGAAGCGAUGGGUGAGACUGGAUGCUGAGCACCUGCGAUACUUCGAUAGUAACAAGGACGCCUACUCCAAGCGCUUCAUCCCUGUAGCCUGCAUCUCCCGCGUGGCUGCCAUUGGGGAUCAGAAGUUUGAAGUGAUCACGAACAACCGGACUUUUGCCUUCCGGGCAGAGAGUGAUGGCGAGCGGAAGGAGUGGAUGCAGGUGCUACAGCAGGCUGUGGCUGACCAGCGUGCCCGGGCCCGGCUGUCUAGUGCCAAUCUGUUGGGAGUUCGAGGCCCAGAGCUGCCUGACCGUGCUGGCAGCCUAGAGCUACGUGGCUUCAAGAAUAAGCUGUAUGUGGCCGUGGUCGGCGACAAAGUGCUGCUUUACAAGAAUCUGGAGGAAUACCACCUGGGCAUUGGCAUCACCUUCAUUGACAUGAGCGUGGGCAACGUGAAGGAAGUGGACCGGCGCAGCUUCGACCUCACCACACCCUACCGCAUCUUCAGCUUCUCGGCCGAAUCAGAACUAGAGAAGGAGCAGUGGCUGGAGGCCAUGCAGGGAGCCAUUGCCGAGGCCCUGUCCACCUCGGAGGUGGCCGAGCGCAUCUGGGCCGUGGCUGCCAACAGGUUCUGUGCUGACUGUGGGGCUGCCCAGCCUGACUGGGCCUCCAUCAACCUCUGCGUCGUCAUCUGCAAGCGCUGCGCAGGGGAGCACCGUGGCCUGGGCGCUGGCGUCUCCAAGGUACGAAGCCUGAAGAUGGACAGGAAGGUGUGGACGGAAACACUCAUCGAGCUCUUCUUACAGCUGGGCAAUGGUGCUGGGAACCACUUCUGGGCAGCUAAUGUGCCCCCCAGUGAGGCCCUGAAGCCCAGCAGCAGCCCUGGUGCCCGGCGGCGCCACCUGGAGGCCAAGUAUCGUGAGGGCAAGUACCGCUGCUACCACCCACUCUUUGGCAACCAGGAGGAGCUGGACAAGGCCCUGUGUGCUGCAGUCACCACCACAGACCUGGCUGAGACCCAGGCACUCCUGGGCUGUGGGGCAGGGGUCAGCUGCUUCUCAGGGGACCCUGAGGCCCCCACACCUCUGGCUCUCGCCGAGCAGGCGGGGCAGACACUGCAGAUGGAAUUCCUUCGGAAUAACCAGACCACAGAAUUACCUCGACUGGAUUCAAUGAAGCCCCUGGAAAAGCACUACUCAGUUGUCCUGCCCACUGUGAGCCACAGCGGCUUCCUCUACAAGACCGCUUCCGCUGGCAAGCCGCUGCAGGAUCGCCGUGCCCGGGAAGAGUUCAGCCGACGCUGGUGUGUCCUUAGUGAUGGGAUCCUGAGCUACUACGAGAAUGAGCGGGCAGUGACACCCAAUGGAGAGAUUCGCGCCAGCGAGAUCGUGUGCCUGGCAGUACCCCCUCCUGAUACCCACGGCUUUGAACACACCUUUGAGGUGUACACAGAGGGAGAGCGGCUGUACCUAUUUGGGCUGGAGAGUGCGGAGCUGGCUCGUGAGUGGGUCAAGUGCAUUGCCAAGGCAUUUGUGCCUCCCCUGGCUGAGGAACUGCUGGCCCGGGAUUUUGACCGGCUUGGGCGCCUACCCUACAAAGCGGGCCUGAGCCUGCAACGGACCCAGGAGGGCUGGUUCUCCCUCACCGGCUCAGAACUCCACGCCAUCUUCCCAGAGGGGCCUUGUGAGGAGCCGCUCCAGCUACGGAAACUGCAGGAGCUUUCCGUCCAAGGGGACAGUGAGAACCAGGUGCUGGUGCUGGUAGAGCGAAGGAGGACACUGUACAUCCAGGGGGAAAGGCGGCUGGACUUCACGGGCUGGCUGGGGGCCAUCCAGAAAGCAGCGGCAAGCUCAGGGGACACGUUGUCGGAGCAACAGCUUGGGGACUCGAACAUUCCGGUGAUUGUGUACCGCUGUGUGGACUACAUCACGCAGUGCGGCCUGACUUCUGAGGGCAUCUACCGCAAGUGUGGGCAGACUUCGAAGACCCAGCGACUUCUGGAGAGCUUGCGGCAGGACGCGAGGUCUGUGCGUCUCAAGGAGGGCGAGCAGCACGUGGACGACGUCUCCUCGGCGCUCAAGCGCUUCCUGCGGGACCUGCCGGAUGGGCUCUUUACUCGUGCCCAGCGCGUAGCCUGGCUGGAGGCUUCAGAGAUCGAGGAUGAGGAGGAGAAGGUCUCUAAGUAUCAAGAACUUCAGGCACGUCUACCCCCAGUCAACCGUGCUACGGUGAAGGCCCUUAUCAGCCACCUGUACUGUGUCCAGUGCUUCUCAGACACGAACCAGAUGAACACGCACAACCUGGCUAUUGUGUUUGGGCCCACGCUCUUCCAGACAGAUGGGCAGGACUACAAGGCUGGCCGUGUGGUGGAAGACCUCAUCAGCCACUAUGUGGUGGUGUUCCGUGUGGAUGAGGAGGAGCUGAGGAAGCAGUGGGAGGAAAUCACUGCCAUUGUGAAGAUGCGUGUGGCUGGCACUGCCAGUGGAACCCAGCAUGCUGGUGACUUCAUCUGCACCGUGUACCUGGAGGAGAAAGCGGCAGAGACAGAGCAACAUAUCAAGGUUCCAGCAUCCAUGACAGCUGAGGAACUCACCAUGGAGAUUCUAGAUCGCAGGAAUGUGGGGAUCAGGGAGAAGGACUAUUGGACCUGCUUUGAGGUCAACGAGAGGGAGGAGGCAGAGCGCCCCCUGCACUUCGCAGAGAAGGUGCUGCCGAUCCUGCACGGGCUAGGCACAGACAGCUACCUGGUGGUGAAGAAGCACCAGUCCAUGGAGGCCAUGAUGCUGUACCUGGCCAGCCGUGUAGGUGACACAAAGCAUGGCAUGAUGAAGUUCCGCGAGGACCGCAGCCUCCUGGGCCUGGGCCUGCCGUCUGGUGGCUUCCAUGACCGCUACUUCAUUCUCAACAGAAGCUGCCUGCGGCUCUACAAGGAGGUCCGGAGCCAGAGGCCGUGGAGUGGGGCCCCUGAGACCAGUCACCGGCCUGAGAAGGAGUGGCCCAUCAAGAGCCUCAAAGUCUACCUGGGAGUGAAGAAGAAACUCCGACCACCCACCUGCUGGGGCUUCACAGUGGUGCAUGAAACGGAGAAACACGAGAAACAGCAGUGGUACCUGUGCUGUGACACGCAAAUGGAGCUCCGGGAGUGGUUCGCCACCUUCCUCUUUGUGCAGCAUGAUGGCCUGGUGUGGCCCUCGGAGCCCUCACGCGUGUCUCGGGUGGCUCCUGAAGUCCGACUGGGCAGCGUAUCACUGAUCCCCCUGCGUGGCAAUGAGAACGAGAUGCGCCGGAGUGUGGCCGCCUUUGCUGCGGACCCCCUGUCUGUGACUCCUCCGCAAUGUCUGAGCACCAGAGCCGACCCCUGCUGCUGGGACUCUGUCGCUGUGAAGCCAACCUUCCUGUCCAGACAGCCCUCAAACCCUGUGUACCUGGUGUGAGCCAGCAGGGGGCACAUGAGGAAGCCACACCCCACAUCCCAGCCCUGAGUGCAGCAUAGGGUUCCCUGGCUGGGGUGGGGGGCAGCAGUGUUUUCCUGGGGAGGAACCUUGCCUGCCCUGUCCAAGGGCUUGCCCCUUGUGGCCUCACCUAUCCACCUCCAGGGUCACCCACCUUGAGUUUGUGGGGUUGGAGAGCUGGAUGUAAAUCAGGAACUCUGGAGGGCCACCAUCCUUUCAGAGGCUGGAGGCCCUGGGCCCCCGCUGGAAGGGAGCCCACUCCCUGCCAUGAACUCCAGGACAGCAAGCAGUAGGUCGUCUGAAGGAGCACUCAGUUGGGUGGGGAGGGAACUCUUAAGUGAGCUUUUAUAGGGCCAAGAACUGGACUUUGGGGCCUUCAGCCCCCCUUCCUGCUGGGCUGACUGGGAGACCCCAGGCUGCCCAAUGCCCCUUCCCCACUUUGGGGGCUUUUUGAUAAUAUAAAUAUAUCUGUAUA